UUUUCCGAAACCUAUAUAUGCAUGGUCUCGCUAAAUCGGAAAAGCUACACACAUCAUUCCUUCAUAGUGCCAACCAGUUCAGUCGGGAGGGGGCCUCCAGUAUAAAGCACUAAACAGUAGCUAUGUUUUAACCAUACCAUCAACCGACCGGUGCACCGUCAACAUUCGCUGCUCUAUUGUGUGUGCUCUCAUUUCAGUCUUCCAGUGAUUCAAACGAAGAUCUAGCCUAACAACAUGUUUCGAUCAAUUAUUCUCGUGACACUGUUCAGCGUGUGCUUCGCCGGUAUCAUCCACCACCGGGAGGACGAUGAAGAAGUGGCUGAAACCGAACAUCAUCACAACAUCGACCACAAGCACGCGACGUCGCACCAGAGCUUCAAGUUUCAUCAUUUCCACGCCGUUCCUGUCUACGUCAAGAAGGAGGACCAGCAGUUCCUGAAACAUCCGGUCGAAGUCUCCGGGCUGAAGCAUAACCUCAAGAUCGUGCAUCCUGAAACCGAACACAAUCACGGUCAUGGGCUAACACUGGAGAAUCAUAGUGAAUUUGAUCACAAACUGCAUGGCGGGCACGGAUACGAUUUGGGUCAUGCUGGUACCGAACACGUUCAACAGGAUUACGGUCACGAAUAUGAGCAUCACUACGGACAGUUGGAUGAUGGAGAAGAGAGCUAGACUGGUUAAGAUGGUUAUCAAGGAGAUGACUUUAUGAGAACUAAGAGCGCCCAGGGAAGUAACUAAUGGAACCAUUCUGCGGCACAUCCUGAAACCCUGUUCCGAUCACAGACGCUGCCGAAAACAACUUAAAUUUUAA